GGUAGUAAGAAUAACUGAAUGAAUAUUGCUUCCCAGAAUUACUAGACUAUAUAGUAUCUCCUGAGAUUUUCUAUUUUGACUGUACCCUUCAACUGUAGAUUUUUCCCCUCUGUCUCUCCAUCCUUCUUUGUCCUUUCAUUGUUUGCUGCUUAAGGGAUUUCUCUAUGGAAACAAGAAUGGAUACCCCUCCCCCCACUGCACACACAUGCACAUUCACACAUCAAGCUACAUACACAGUUUGCUAUUGGCUUUGUACUCCACAUAUCUCAUUUACACUACAGCGGUAGUUGGAACUGACAGGAUUUCAUAGUGGUACCCCAGAAACUGAAGAUAUUCCAAGCUGUAGGAAUACCGAGCAGUCCUGAACCUGAGAAGAGAGAUACCAGAGAAAGAUGAGAGGAAGGGAGGGUGCAGGGGGAGACACAGAGCUCGGCUGUAUAACUGAGAACGAGAGCGUUUGCCACCUGCACAGACCCUGCCUGAGACUACUGAUCUUCGGAGACUCCCUUUGUUGCAGUAUUAGGGACAGCAGAAUUAAACAUAUGUGAAGAUUGCACUUUUUGGGUCUUUUCUCAAAGCAACAAAAGCUCCUCCUAAAGGUUGAAGCCAACUAUCCCCAGAACAACAAAUGUGUGACAUCACAAUGAUUUCUCCAAAGGAAAAAACGAAAAAAAAGGCGAAGGACAGCAUGACCCUAUUGCCCUGUUUCUACUUUGUGGAGCUCCCGAUUGUUGCUUCCUCCAUUGUUACUCUGUACUUCUUGGAGCUGACAGACUUAUUCAAACCAGCCAAAGUAGGGUUCCAGUGCUAUGACCGUCUUCUCAGCAUGCCCUACGUGGAGAGCAAUGAAGAACUCAUACCGCUGCUUAUGCUGUUAAGCUUGGCGUUUGCUGCUCCUGCUGCCUCGAUAAUGAUAGGCGAAGGGAUUGUUUACUGUUUGCAGUCCAAACUGAAACACAAAACAAGCUCAGAAGGGAGUAUUAACGCCGGUGGCUGCAACUUCAACUCCUUCCUCCGAAGAACAGUAAGGUUUGUGGGUGUACACGUGUUUGGACUUUGUGCCACAGCGUUAGUGACUGAUGUUAUCCAGCUUGCCACUGGCUACCAUGCUCCUUUCUUCUUAACAGUAUGCAAGCCGAAUUACACCUUGCUGGGCAUCUCUUGUGACAGCAAUCCUUAUAUCACACAGGACAUCUGCUCUGGACAGGAUCAGCAUGCAAUCACCUCUGCCAGGAAAACCUUCCCAUCCCAGCAUGCAACAUUGUCUGCCUUUGCUGCCGUCUAUGUCUCGAUGUACUUUAACUCCACUAUCUCUGACAGCACAAAACUGCUGAAGCCUGUUCUAGUUUUCACCUUUGCUAUUGCAGCAGGAAUCUGCGGUCUCACUCAGAUCACUCAGUACCGAAGUCAUCCAAUCGAUGUGUACACAGGUUUCCUUAUUGGGGCUGGCAUCGCUGGGUAUCUUGCCUAUCAUGCUGUGGGCAAUUUCAAAGCUUCAGAGGAAAAGCCACCCAGUGCAUCUCAGGCCAAGGAUGCACUAAGGGCACUCACACAGCGAGGACAUGAAUCAGUGUACCACCAGAACAAAUCCGUCAGCACUGAUGAACUUAAUCCCCAGCCAAGACUGGAUGGACUAAACAGACAAGUUCAGCGAGAGAAGAACUCCUUAGGCAGCCUAAAGCGAGCUAGUGUAGAUGUUGAGCUUCUAGCCCCACGCAGUCCUAUGGGCAAGGAGAACAUGGUCACUUUCAGUAACACGCUGCCAAGGGUCAAUACCCCUUCCAUGGAUGAUCCUGCAAGACGACACAUGACUAUCCACAUGCCAGUUGAUGCUUUACGAUCAAAGCAGCUCAUCUCAGAAUGGAAACAGAAAUCAGUAGAUGGCAGGAAUAUGUCACUAGCAGAAGAAUCAGCCCUGAGUCAGUCACAACCACAUAUCAGGGCAGGAUCAGAUCCAACAGGAAUUGGCCUGUUAGAAAACGAGCAGGCUCCUCCAUCCUUGUAUCCUACAGUUCAGUCUCGAACCACAGAACGGAGUGGUGGAGGGCCCCGUGUUCUCAUUCAGCCAAGACCUGGUACCUCCCAGCUUGUCCAUAUUCCAGAAGAAGCACAUGCAAAUCCCACUCUUUCCCCAAAAAGCAGUGCAGCAGUCCGUGCCAAGUGGAUGAUGAUGGCAGAAAAAGGGGGUGGAGUCCAAAGAGCAGCUAAUCAGCCUCGCAUUAUGCAGGUUAUUGCAAUGUCAAAGCAGCAGGGCAUGAUCACAGUGACACCCAAGCAUUCUGAAGCAUCUUCAUCCUCCAGCAGCUCAGACUCUUCUCAUUACAAAUCUCCAUCGGACAGAGAUAGCGCCAGCAUCAUCACAAUUGAUGCUCAUGCCCCUCAUCAUCCUGUUGUGCACUUGUCCUCUGGAAAUGGGCCCUGGGAAUGGAAGACCUCUCAGAAAAGUUCAGAACUUCAAGAAACAUAUGAGAUGAAUGAUCUCAACAAAGAAUAUCGUGGCUAUCGUCCUGCCAAGAGUGCUGGCUUGUCACCUGGCUCCUCCAUUAGUGAUCUGGAACAAGACGACUCACGGUUUGGUGCUGUAACUACGAUCAAUAUAUCGGCUGGAACAGGAGCAGCAGUUACUGCAGCAAACAGAAAUGAUGCCAGCUCAGAGAACAUUACUGCUGCUUCCAGCAGAGAGUCCACAUUGAGAAGGAAGCCCACAAGCCUUUUGGUUAAUGAGAAGGACAGCAAUGUGGAUUCUGAACAGGACAUGUUCCUUAAGAAACUUCAGAGCAACAGAAAAUUUAAGGAUUGAAGUGAACCCAUGAAGUAUUUCAAAUGUACAGAGAUUUGUGUAAAUGUCUUGCUGUAUUGUGGUUUGGGUUUGCAGUUUAAAAAAAAAUAAUACAAAAUAUGUCUUCUUUGUGCCAAUCAGAAGACCAUCAGCUCAACAACCUAAUGGUGAGGGUGGGUUGGCAAGACAGAAUACAUUUUAAUAUUGCAUGAGUUGGGUAUUGCAGAAAAAACACAACCAGAUUAUCAGUGGAUUGUAUAAAUGAUGCUGAUGUAAAAACAAACAAAAAACUGAAAUGCUUUGGUCGGAAACUUUAAUUCUGUGAGUAUUCAGUUCAUGUAACACAUCAGAAAAAUUAAGGCUGGAAGCUGUUUGCUUCAACAAAAUGAGAUUCGUGGGACCUCUAACAUUGUUCCUUAGGAAGAGUGGAAGCAUAACUGCUGUGAUACAGUGGUAAUAUAUGGUUGCGAUAUGGAGACAUGUGGCAGGUUAAUUUAGGCUCACAACAGACUCUAGAUUGGAUGCCAGCAAGUUCCGCGGUUGUCUGCUCAAAUAGUUAGCCGAUCACAGGUAUUGUUAGAUCAGGAGUAGAAAUUCCAAGAGUCUGUUUGAUUAUGAGCCUUCAGACCCUUUUGUUUUUAAAUGACAUAUUAAUAGCCUGGUUAAAUGCAAAUUGACUGCAUAAAUUCUGUCUUUGAUCGGGAUUCAAAAUUGGAAUCUCCUUAUCUUUCAACAGUAAGAAACUAGCUGGUCCAUUUUUUAUAAACAAGGGCAGUUCCUAGUGAUUUUAAUAUAAGAGCCUACACUGUGUUUCUUACUUUCACCAAAUGUGAUGGCUCUAUUGAUGGUGUUAAGAAAGAUUGCAGAGAUCCCGGAGAGUUUAAAUUUCCUAAAAUGUUCCAUCUUGGACAAAACUCUUCUGAUCAUCUGUGAAUAAUUUUGAGAUACUCCAUAAAUAGGCUUACUUAUGUAUGAAUACUUUUAUUUAUGAUGUGAUGACUGGGAAAAAUAGGCAACACCAAGGACUGUUUCUAGAUAUAAUCAAGUCAACAGUAAUGGAGUGCACAGUAAUCAAUCAUAAAAUUAUCAGAAACUAUAAAGGGUGAAUCCAGAAUAACUAAACUGUAAUCUGUGCCUAAGUAUGGUACUCUGUUUUACAAAGAAUGUACUUCAAAAAUUAAGAAACAUUCAACAAUACAAUUUAGGGAACUAUUAUGCAAACGGAAAAUAUAUGUAGCUUGUCAGUUACAUGACUGAAAAACAUAAAAAAAAACAGUGCUACAGUUAUUAGAAGGCUUGCAUAGGAUGUGAGGGUCAAACAACAGAUGGGCACAGUAUGCUGGAAUGCCGAAAACGGGGAAGAGAGAUGAGCAAGGGUGAAGCAGACAAACAUGCUCACAGGGCAAAGGGCAGUCUAAGGAAAUAAGUAGCAGUGAGGGGGGGGUGGAGACAUCUGGGAAGAGGUUGGCAUGAAAUGUGAGUGCUAUUUAUAAGAAAGUAAAAGAGAAAGCUGAGUGCAAAGAGAAUGAGGCUGAAAAUGCCUCCUUUCUUUUCACUUGGUGGCACUAUGAGAACUUCUAGAAGACAAGGAAUAAAAAUUCUGUAAUGCAUUGCCAUACCAUGAAUCUCCGGGUAGCAGCAAAGUCACUAGCCCAUUCCUCUAAGCUCCUUGAUACAAUAGAUCUCAUGCCUCUGUACUGCUAGUCCUCUAUACGUACAUCCCAGUUUAAUUAUUUCCCAUAUCAGGUCCACUGGAACAAAAUAUUGCUUUACCGACUAACAGGAUUUGCAAUUUGUAAAGUUGACUAGUAAUUCAUCAGCCCAGUCAGUAAAAUGAUUUCCCAGUAUUACUUCAUAUCUAGUGACCAAAAAAGAAAGAAAAAAGAAGCAAUAUAUGAAUAUGAAACUUGUGGGACAUUCUGCAUGGAAUUUUGCAUAUAGAUUUGUUCUUUAUUAAUUACUUCUGUAUGUUAUCAGUUCUGGGAGUUGGUACCAAGCUAAUUUUUCAGCUGUCAUUUUAAAACUCAUGUUUUGCUGUCUUAGUUUGUGUAUACUGUCAAUGGUUCACAGAAGCAAUAAAGUUCCUCAUCAGUUCCAUUUUCCAAUACA